AUGUCGCUAUAUGCGGCUAUUGGCAAUUUCACUUCGGCAUCUAUCGCGAGCGCGUUUCCCCUUCUCGCCACUCCGCUGGCCUUUAAUCCUCCUGUAUCAAUGGGUAGUUUGACUCAUCUGAUUGCUGUCAAUGUGCUUAUGAUGGGCGCCGCCAACCUAUGGUGGGUGCCUCUUGCUAAUAUCUUCGGCCGGAGACCCAUCAUAUUGGGGAACAUCUUACUGCUAGUACUAAGCUGCAUGUGGGCCGGGCUUGCGAGAAGUUUUGGAAGCCUGUUGGCUGCCCGCGUCGUCAUGGGUAUCGCAGUGGCGCCAGCAGACACAAUUGCGCCAAAUGUGAUCGGAGAAAUAUUCUUCACUCACCAGCGUGGUCGAGCCAUGGGAUUCUACACGGUUUGCAUCUGCUUAGGACCAAUCAUCGGGGGUAUGUCCGGUGGAUACAUUGCUGGUACAAAGGGACUCGCAUGGAUCCACUGGGUCAAUGUGAUCUUGAGUGCCAUCUUACUACUGGCCUGUGCCAUCCUUGUGCCUGAAACUUUGUUCGACAGAACUAAGGCACUGCCCUCCAGUCAGAAUCAGGACCUGAUUAGCAGUGAAGGAAAGCCGGACGCUGAGAUUGUUGAGAAUGUUACCUCGACCUCUCCCGACGAUAGUCUGAAUCGGCAGACUAUUUAUGACUCCAUGCUAAAAAUGCGUAAGUAUGAAGGGAACUUCCUUGAGAAGUUUCUGGCUCCGUGGAAAACACUUCGUCUGCCAGGUGUUUGGCUGGUUAUGUUUUGGUACGCCGGUCUCGUGGGUGGCGUUGUUACCAUCACCACGGUUGGACCGUCUCUAGUUGCCGCACCGCCAUAUCUCUGGGGUAACAAUGCCGGUCUGAUCAUGACCGGUGGAAUAGUCGGUGCCAUCCUCGGGCUCAUUGCAACAAAUUUGUGUGCCGAUCGUGUUAUCAUCAAGAGAAGCAAGUUGCAGGGCAAUUCAUUCGUCGAACCGGAAGCACGCUUGCCGAUAGCAAUCCCAGGGUUGUUUCUCGCGACUACAGGUCUCUGGACAUUUGGCUUCUGCGCGCAGAACCUUGGGCCGGCGCAUAUGUGGGUGGGAAUGCAAUUUGGGCUUGGAAUGCUUUGCUUUGGCUUGAUGCAGGCGCCUUCAAUUGGAUUCAAUUAUCUUAUUGAUUCUUACGGUCCACUUGCGGCUGAUUGCUUUGUGGCAGUGACCUGCAUGAGGGCUAUCAUCAGUUUUUCAUGGACCUUUUUUGCGGGUGAAUGGGUCACGAGCGCUGGUCCAGCUAUCCCAUUCGGAGUGUUUGGAGCUCUCAUGGGAAUAUUUUCCUUAUUCACUAUUCCAAUUCUGAUUUGGGGGAAGAGAAUCAGGAUUGCCACCGCUAAUUGGGUUCAUGGCUUUACUUGA